GUCAAAAGUCAUAAUAUUUUGUCAUCCGCGAUUUUCUUUGUGAUCCAUAAUUAAUUAAUUUAAGGUUUGCAAAGUAAAUAAUAUCUCAUUCGGUAUAAUUUUGCUUAAAGUCAAUAAGGUUUUGUAACACUUCCUGACUUUGAUAUAUUUAUUUAGAUUGUAGAAUAAUCAAUGUUGAUGACGUAAAAGUGAAAGAGUAUCGAUAAUGAGCGACUCCAAAUCUUAUGUGAACUUCUCAUGCCAGCGUUGCCUGCAGCCUCUAAAGUUGGACGAAUCGUUGAAUAACCUUGGCGAGCACACAAUAGCAGAUUUAACACUUCAAAUACGAAGAAAUAACGAGGUAGAUUUAGAUUUGCAAUCUGCGAGCUUGGAGCACUAUGUACCACCUUUUCGUAUGUCAGAAUCAGGUAAUGGUGCCAAUGGAUUCAUGGUAAUAUCAGAUGGUUGGGAAACAACCUCUUUAGGGCAUCAGUUACAUGUAAAAGCGACAUUAUUUGAUUUACUAUCAAAUAAUUCGGACGUCGAUCAUCCACUUUGCGAUGAAUGUACUGACACACUACUAGAACUGAUGGACAAUCAGUUACGUCUAACUGAAGCGGAAUGGAAGGAUUACAAUGAUUAUUUAAAAAAGCUAGAAGAUGAUAAGGAAGAUUUGAAUUUAGAAGGACUAGAAAAAGAAUUAGAAGACUGGAAACAAGAACAGAACAGAUUAUUAGAAGAACUAUCCGCUUUACAGAAGGAAGAGAAGGCUAUGAAAGAUGAAAUUGACGUACAAUUGAAGGAAAAAGAACGUUUAGAGAAAGAACAAGAUGUAUACUGGAGAGAAUAUACGAAAUAUCGUAAAGAUUUAAUGACAACAGAAGAUCAGAUGAAGUUUUAUGAAUGUCAGUUAUCAUACACACAAUCACAAUUAGAAAAAUUGAAGAAAACCAAUGUGUUUAAAGCAACAUUCCAUAUAUCUGAUUCUGGACAAUUCGGUAUAAUAAAUAAUUUUAGAUUAGGCAGAUUGCCCACAGCACCUGUAGAUUGGUCGGAAAUCAAUGCAGCGUGGGGCCAAACUGUUCUACUAUUAUCUUCUUUAGCAAGAAAGAUUAAUUUCUGUUUCCAAAGAUACCGUUUAGUUCCAUUUGGUAAUCAUUCAUAUAUCGAAGUGUUGGAGGAUCAAAAGGUUUUACCAUUGUAUGGGUCGGGAGGUUUUCGAUUCUUGUGGGAUACUAAAUUCGAUGCAGCGAUGGUAGCUUUUUUAGAUUGCUUGCAACAAUUUAAGGAACAAGUAGAAAAGGGCAACACUGGUUUUUGUCUACCAUAUAGGAUAGAUAAAGGCAAAAUAGAAGAUACAGCAUCCCCACCGCACGCUUAUUCUAUCAAAAUACAAUUCAAUUCAGAAGAACAUUGGACGAAGGCAUUAAAAUAUAUGUUGACUAAUUUAAAAUGGGCGUUAACUUGGAUUUCGUCACAGUUCAGUGAAGAUAAAACUGAAGAACAGUAAUAACAAAGCCAUAAAGAAUAGAAGAUUAAGACCAGGUCUUUUGAAUUAAUGGCGCCCUGGGAGUGGAUUCUUCGGCAUCCUUCAACUACAUUACAGAUACGAAAAAGGUAAAAGGGGCGCCUGUGGCUCACUUCAUGUCGCCCAUGGCGCCUCCUUAUUAAGCUAGAGGCGCCUCGUUGUCGAUGGUGGCGCCUUUAUAUGUCGCCCAAGGCGCCUCUUUAUGAACUCAGCGGCGCCUCUCGCUUGUGGCACCUAGGUGAGAGAGUGGUCACUCGUGGCACCCCUUUGCGGUUUGUGGGGCCUUUUUGUCGCUCGUGGCGCUUCUUUGCCGCUCGUGGCGCUUCUUUGCCGCUUGUGGCGCCUCUUUGUCGCCCAUGGCGCCCUGGACGGUACAAUCUAUGACUAUUGGCAUUCUCAAUGGUUUCAAAUAUCAUAAUGGUACAUGUCUAAAAAUAUUGUCUGUUAAUUUGAAACAGUGAAAUUAUGAUUUUUUAUGUUUAGUGAUUUGUAGUCAAAAGUAAAUAUUUUUAAUUUUAUGUGAAUGGUGAUUUCUGUGAUAUUCAAAUGUAUUUUGUUAAAAAUUAAUUUUCGAGUCAUGUUAAGCAAAACUAAUGUUGGAAUUUUUUAAACAGAAAUAUGUGAUUUUUUUUUUUUAAAUCGUUUUGCCUUUUCAUGUUUCAUUAUUAAAUUAUAAGAAAUAUGUGAUGUAAUAAACAUUUAUUGUGUAAUCUUAAUAUAUUAUUUGCCC